CCAUGCAGCCGCCAUUGUGAUUCGCUGUGAGCCUAAGCAUAAACAGUCGUUUCGUUAGUGCCUUUCGAGUUUCGUUUGAGUUUCCGUGGUUUUCGAGUUUCUAGUUUCGUGAUUUGUUUUAUCGGACUGUUUUCGGUAUUCGGUUUCUUCGCUCUUUUCUUCGGCUACUUUUGACCUUAUCGGACGGAGUGGUGUUUUUUGUGUAGUUCGUUUCUCGGCGUGGACCGUUUGUGUGAGUGUGCCUAGUGUCGUGUGCAGAUGAACUGCUUCCCUUUUGUCACGCCAUGACUUCAAAUUCAAGUAGAUCUGUCCAUGAACUCCUAGAACAGGGCAAGUGGUCUGUCGUACAAAUAGACGGCACUGGGGAAUUUGAUGUGUUACCCAACAGCUGGUUUACAAGUGUGAACAAAGCACGUUACUAUGACAGCAAUGAAAUCUCCUUGGCCACAGCCACUAAAAUGGUCAAAAACCUAGAUGAAGCCCCGGAGGACUGGAAAAUUAUCAAUGUCACCCUGAAGAAAAGAAAUUAUGGAACCUUUGACGCAGCCAUGAAAAAAAUAGUAGAUUUGACUCAUGAUCGGGGCACUGCCAGCGAGAGUGAACCUAAAGGGGUUGGUCAGCGGAAGAUCAAACCUCUAGUCCGCCUCUCUCCUUCUUUCUUCAAGAAGACGGCACGAAGUCUACAAUUUUCCAGUGAUUCUGAUGGGGAUAACGAGACUCUAUCACAAAGACUCUCCAAAAAGAAGAGACAUCAUUCCAAAGACUCGGAAGUCAAAACCAAAUCAUCGCCAAAGAAAAGUAGAUCUUCAACUGAGGAGCCAUUAGUGCUACCUGGUACCUCUAGUUCUAGUUCCUUGGUGGUAUUUGAGUCAGUAUUAUCCCCAAAGAAGAAGAGAACUGAGAAUACUAAAAAUGAUCAUCCUGAGUCAUCACCCUCUAAGAAGAAGAUUCCUGAAAAGAAGAAAAAUGAUCAACCUGAGUCAUCACCCUCUAAAAAGAAGAGUCCUAAGAAGAAAAAAGAUGAUCCUUCUGAAGAUCGUUCCAAGACGAAGAUGCCCCAGAGUGAAAUCGAAACUUGCCUCCUGAAGCGGAAACGACUAAAGCAUAAGUGUGCUUUUGAAUAUGGCCCCAUUUCGCUUGUAACACUAGCUCACUGCUUUUGUGUCUUAUCAAGAUUGAUAGAAGGUAUUUUAGCCGAACUGAAUCUAAUGAAAGAACUGGUUCAGGGACAAGGAAAUGACGAGGAUGAAAACGUCGAUUCAGAAGAUGAGAAGGCUGCAAAAAUUAAAGAAAUGUUACCUUUUUACGAGUAUGCAAAAAUGAAAGAAUUUAAUGCUGAGCUCUCUUCUGACCCAGAACUGGAAACCUUUCUUACCUCAUAUUUGAAAUCUAAAGCGUCCAAGACGAAUGCAUCUAUUUGUGCCACCAGCGUUGCUAGGCAGCUUAUAAGCAAGUCACUAUGCAAGCAUCUCGUCCUUAAAGGCAAAUCGAAGACAAAACAUAGUUUUGAGAAGUUGAAACUCAAAACCAUCAUCACAAACAUUGUACGCAAAAAAUUCCCCAAGGUUUCAAAGAGUGAAAUUAACCAGACAGUUGAUAAAGCCUUAUCAAGAUUAUUCACUCAAACAGCUUCGAAUAUUAAGCAAGGACUGUCAAAAUCAGAUACACCAACCAAAGUUGAGACUCAGAUUCCAGAAGAUAUUCCAGAAGAUAUUCCAGAAGAGAUUGGAUCAUCAGCUAGCGAUUGAAAUUUCAAUUUUCGACAGUUCUUCUUGGUUUUUAAAAAAAUCUGAAUUUUUAUUACGUUCCAAGCAUCUAAAAACGAACUGUUCCUCUCGGCAUGUUUUUGGUUUUGUCAUUUUGUUGUGAUCUUUAGAUCUCCAUCCCCUUCGUUUGUGUUUUUCAAGUAAUGCCUAAGGAGCGCUACUAUUUAGCUGUCAGGUUUGAAUUCCUACCGCUAGUAUCCCCAAUUAAAUCAGGUAAAUGAUAACUAUCAAAUUCAGAUACACCAACGAAAGCUCAGAUUCAGAUUUCAGAAAAUAUCGGAUCAUCAGGAAACGAUUGAAAUUUUGAUUUUUGACCGUUUUUUUUAGUUUUUAAGAAAAUAUGAAUUUCUAUUACGGUCCAAGCCUUUAAGAACUAACAUUUCCUUUUCGCAUAUUUUUGCUUUUGUCAUUUUAUUGUGAUCUCCUUUGAUCUCCAUCCCCUUAGUUUAGUUUUUUCCAAGUAGCGAUCCUAAGAGCCGCUACUACGCUGCAGUCAGGCUUGAAUUCCUGCUGCUAGCAUCCUCUAUUGAAUCAGAAAAAUGAUUACUAUCAAAAUCAGAUACCCCAACAUAAGCUCAGAUUCAGAUUUUAGAAAAUAUUGGAUCACCAGCGAGCGAUUGAAAUUUCAAUUUUUUACUGUUCUCUUUAGUUUUUAAGAAAAUAUGAUUUUUUUACAUUGCGAAUCUAAAAACUUUUGACUGAUUAACUUUUAAAUUUCUGAAAAUAUCGGGUUGUCAGCAAACGAUUGAAAUUUUGAUUUUUGACCGUUCUUUUUAGUUUUUAAGAAAAUAUGAAUUUCUAUUACGUUCCAAGCCUUUAAGAACUAACAUUUCCUUUUUGCAUAUUUUUUGUUUCGUUAUUUUGUUGUGAUCUCAUUUGAUCUCCAUCCUCUUAGUUUAGUUUUUUCAAGUAAUGAUCCCUAAGGACCCCUACCUUACAUCAGUCAGCUUUGAAUUCCUGAUCUUCAAGUCAACUAGAGAUCCUGUCAAACAAAACUGCAUGUAAGCUGUCCCUAAGAUCGGUAGUUGAAAAAAACUAGAAACUAAAAUUGUUUAGUCCCUUCAUCCAGUCAACGUUUUGUACCUUCUAAUUUAAUCUAGUUCCAAUGUUUCAGUCAGUUCCUUUUGUCUGUUGAAGGGACCUCUUGUUGUGAGUAAUUUUUUUUUAGUUAUAAUUUUAGGUUAUUAAUUGAAUUUUUGAAUAUAUUUAACUUGAACUCUUAUUUGGAUUGCUUUUAGCAGAGAGGAACCAAGUCACAUUAGCCAUUGCCGAAUUUAAUUUGGCAAAUUAAUUUUUUACAAGAGGUCGUUUCCUGUGACAAUUUUCAGGAAUUUGC